AUGGAAUUACAAAAUAAUUACAUAGAAGGUCUAGAUAUAUCCCAUUAUAAUGGUGAUAUAAAUUGGUCACAGCUUACGCCUAAUGUGAGUGGUAAACAGUUUAUUAUUGCCAAAGCAUCCGAAAGCACAAAUUUCCAAGACCCUACAUUUAUAGAAAAUUGGAAAAAUAUGUGUUCAACUGGUUUCACUCCAGGUGCUUAUCACUUUGUUAGGUUUGAGAAAGGUACAUCUCAAGCCCAAAUGGUUAACUUGAUAGGACAACUUAAUGCUGCCGAUAGCACAGGCAGAUGGAGGAAUUGCGUCAUUGCACUUGAUAUCGAAGCAACGCCAAAAGAUGGUGAGUCAGUAAAGGAAGUAGUACAGGAAUGUGUACAAUACCUCAUGGAUACUUAUAAUUUAACGCCUUGUAUAUACACCACAAAAAGUUACUGGGAUCAGUAUGUAGAUGUUACUCCUGAUAUAGUUAAGCAAUGUCCAUUAUGGAUUGCUAGAUAUCGUGCAUGGGAACCACCACCAGAUGAGCUACCAGCAGGUUGGUACGAUUGGACAAUAUGGCAGUAUUCUGAUGAAGGAUCUGUUUCAGGUAUUGCAGAUGUAGUAGAUCUAAAUAGAAUGAAGCUUACAAAAGUUCCUCAAUAUCAAUAG